CGACAGCGAAACUUCCAGUACGAGGAACAAACUGAUGGUGAAGAGACGUCGAGGAACCGCACCCCGGCAAUGCUAUUGUUCUUAUCCCUUUCGUGCCGGGACGCACAGCGUAACGGGACGGGUUUGCACUUUGGACCUUCGCUAUCUCUAAUUCGCAGGGUUAUAGACCUAUAAUUGACGUAUAGCGUAUGGAUACGUCCGGUGAACUAGCGCGGAUACAAAGGUAUCAAGCCACAAAAGUCAGCCGCAAAAGCGGGAUAAUCAUGAAAGUAACGCCUUGCGGUACCGUGCUUUUAGCGGAUCAAUCUCAGCCUUGCCUUUUCUGCCCAAAAGCACUAGCCUCCGACGAGGGUUGCCGCAACGUCAGUCACGCUGUCGAUCGUUUCGUCAACGCCGUCAAUCGACCCUUCGUCAAAUGACACCCUGUCCCUGAGCGCUUAAGGCUACUUUGAGCUAAGAAGGAUGUAGUCCGGGAGUUUCGCCGGUUAAAACAGAAAAUCGCCAAAAGCGUUCCAGCGGGGAUAGCAUUCAGUUAGCCUGCAGUAGCGUGCUCAGAUGUCUGUGUAUUGUACUCUAACAAAUCGAAGCUAUGCCUAGGAGGUACAGCAGG